AUGUCUGCUGUCAUUUUGCUCAACCAUGCUUUAGACACCUAUGAACUCAUCUCUAUCUCCUACCUGUAUGCUAGCAGGCUCAUGUCCAUCAAAAGAGAAGUUGAAUCUCAAGGACAAGAUCACUUGAGCCGGGAUGAAAUUCAAAAUCUCAUUGAUGGGGUCAAUGUGGAAAUUCAAGAAGAAAAAGCAAUGCAUGCAGCAGUCAUUGCAAUUAAUGAAGCCAUUAAGGAGGGUAUCGCAGAGCAGACUCUUGUAACUCUGAAGAAUCCAAAAGCCAUUUUAACCUCUGUCGAUGAUAGCCUGUCCACAAAUUAUCAAGAGGAACUUUGGGAAGCCAAGCAGAGAAAAGAAGUGAUUGCAAAAGAGAAGCUUCCUAAGUCUGGCACCAGCAAGGCACUCACUCCAGGCUAUUUUGCCCUCACGGAGAUUUCAGGAGCCACUGGAGACUCACACAGGCUUGCUGCUAUCGAUGAAAUCAAUGCUGUGAUUCGAGAAGGUCAUCCCAGUGACACCAUGACUGCACUCAUGAAACCUGAGGCCCAGCUCCCUCCCAUCCUUCCAUUCGCUGCCGUUAUGUAUCAGAAUGAACUUUUCAACCUUCAGAAACAGAACUCUUUGAACUACCUGGCCCCUGAGCAGCUGUCCAUGACAGUAGAAAUGGUGUCAGGUGUUGUUUUGCUUAACCAGGCAUUGGAAACAGAGGAUCUUGUGUUAAUACAGAAUCAUCUCCAAAAUCCUUCAAUAGGCAUCACUAAAGUGGAUGAAGACCACUUGGAAAGGUAUGCUAGCAGGCUCGUGUCCAUUAAAAGACAAGUCUCAUCUCAAGGACAAGAUAACUUAAGCCGGGAUGAAAUCCAAAAUUUCCUUGAUAUUGUUAAUGUGGAAAUUCAAGAAGAGAAAGCAUUGCAUGCAGCAGUCAUUGCAAUUAAUGAAGCCGUUAAGAAGGGCAGUGCAGAGCAGACGCUAGUAACUCUGAAGAAUCCAAAAGCUGCUUUAAUCUCUGUCAAUGAUAGCCUCUCCUCAAAUUAUCAAGAGGAACUUCGGGAAGCCAAGCAGAGAAAAGAAGAGAUUGCAAAAGUGAAGAUUAUCCUUCUGUCUGAAGAAGAAAGAGAUGCCUACCAGGACCUACUGACCCAAGUGGAAAUACAAGGAACCAUUUAUAAAAUCAACAGGCUUGCUGCUAUCGAUGAAAUCAAUGCUGUGAUUCGAGAAGGUCAUCCCAGUGACACCAUGACUGCACUCAUGAAACCUGAGGCCCAGCUCCCUCCCGUCCUUCCAUUCGCUGCCGUUAUGUAUCAGAAUGAACUGUUCAGCCUUCAGAAAGAGAACUCCUUGAGCUACCUGGACCCUGAGGAGCUGUCCACAAGAAUAGAAAUGGUGUCAGGUGUUGUCUUGCUUAAUCAGGCUUUGGAAAGUGAGGAUCUCGUGUCAAUACAGAAUCAUCUCCAAAAUCCCUCAAUAGGUUUUAAUAACCUGGAGGAAGACCACCUGGAAAGGUAUGCUAGCAGGCUCGUGUCCAUCAAAAGAGAAGCCUCAUCUCAAGAACAAGAUCACUUAAGCCGGGAUGAAAUGCAAAAUCUCCUUGAUAUCGUUAAUGUGGAAAUUCAAGAAGAAAAAGCAUUGUAUGCAGCAGUCCUUGCAAUUAAUGAAGCCAUUAAGGAGGGCAUCGCAGAGCAGACUCUAGUAACUCUGAAGAAUCCAAAGGCCGGUUUAACCUCUGUUGAUGAUAACCUCUCUUCAAAUUAUCAAGAGGGACUUUGGGGAGCCAAGCAGAAAAAAGAAGAGAUUGCAAAAGUGGAGAGUAUCCUUCUGUCUGAAGAAGAAAGAGAUGCCUACCAGGACCUACUGACCCAAGUGGAAAUACAAGGAAUCGUCAAUAGAAUCAACAGGCUUGCUGCUAUCGAUGAAAUCAAUGCUGUGAUUCGAGAAGGUCAUCCCAGUGACACCAUGACUGCACUCAUGAAACUUGAGGCCCAGCUCCCUCCCGUCCUUCCAUUCGCUGCCGUUAUGUAUCAGAAUGAACUGUUCAGCCUUCAGAAAGAGAACUCCUUGAACUACCUGGCCCCUGAACAGGUCUCCAUGACAAUAGAAAUGGUGUCAGGUAUUGUUUUGCUUAAUCAGGCAUUGGAAACUGAGGAUGUUGUGUCAAUACAGAAUCAUCUCCAAAAUCCCUCAAUAGGCUUCACUAAAGUGGAUGACAAACACUUGGAACGGUAUGUUAGUGUGCUUGUGUCCAUUAAAAGAGAAGCCUCAUCUGAAGGACAGCAUAACUUCAGCCGGGAUGAAAUACAGAAUGUCCUUGAUUUGAUUAAUGUGGAAAUUCAAGAAGAAAAAGGAAUGUAUGCAGCAGUCCUUGCAAUUAAUGAAGCCAUCAAGGAGGGCGUCGCAGAGCAGACUCUAGUAACUCUGAAGAAUCCAAAGGCCGGUUUAACCUCUCUUGAUGAUAACCUCUCUUCAAAUUAUCAAGAGGGACUUUGGGGAGCCAAGCAGAAAAAAGAAGAGAUUGCAAAAGUGGAGGUACUUCAUGAGAUAAUGAGUAAAUAUAAAAUGGAGUUCACUGUGUGCCCAGUUGUUAGAAAUAUAACAGAGUUGUCAGCUGAAAAAGAGUGA